GACGCAAGUACGUAAAUGUUUGUACCUGCAAAAUUCCAAGAUAUAAAACAAAUACGGAAUGGAAUCGAAGAUUACCUGUUACUUGCAAGUGAAUUUCCACACAGUAAAAUAUAUCGCACUAACUUCAACAACAUCGAUUUGGUGCCAAUAAUAAUGAAAAAUUUAAUAAAGGAAGCCUCAUCAUCCUAUCUCCAGCAAGAAGCUUGGGAGGACACAUUGGAAUAUACAGAUAAUUUUAAAUAUAUUAUUAAGCAGAGGGAAUUAUUUCGAAUUCCAUUCUUGCAUAAUUCACCACAGCUUGGUUAUAGACUAGGCGUAGUGAAAUAUUUACGAAAUUUAUGUGCUAACAAAAAGUUUAGUAUCUGCUGCUUGCAUUUGGCCGUAUAUCUUCUGGAUAUUUUCAUGGAUUGUCACAGUAUUAAGCCAGAUGAAAUUGUACUAUUAGCCAAUGUUUGCGUAUUGUUAGCAGCAAAGUUUGAGGAAAACAUUAACAACGUACCAAAAAUAUCCGAACUGAAUGCAUAUGUUCUUAAUCGCUAUAUGGCAAAAGAAUAUAAACAAUGGGAGGUUGAUGUCUUACGAUUCUUUUCAUGGUACAUCAAAAUUCCUACAGCAGCACAUUACAUACAUUAUUAUUUGCAAGCAGUUGUUACAACUGGCGAAGUUUCCAGCCAAAGCGAUAGUUUGCGUACUACAUUCUACAGAAUCCAUGACUUGGUGUUGGAAUACCUGGAUCAAGUGAUUGAUAAUAUCCAUUAUAUGCAGGAUUUUAAACCGUCUCUGUUAGCGGCGGGUAUAAUUGCAGCUAGUCGAUUCGAAUGUAGCUUACCUAUAUGGUCCGACGGUCUUACAUUACUCACGGAUUACACACAAGAAAACAUUCAAGGACUUGUUUGUACAUUUUGGAUGAACAAGUGCAUUGGUAACAUCCUAUCGUACCCAAUUAACAUGUGCACAUUUCGAGAUAAUUUGUGCAUGAAGUGCGGAAUAAGAAUUUGCCCGAAAUGUAAGUUUUUAAAGAAGAUUUAAAUGGACAAUAUUUUGUAUAGAUGUAUAUAUGCAAUGGAUAAUGCUUUUGAUACAUUUAUGAUAAAAUUGUCUUAUAAAAAUGCGUUUGUACAAACGAGGCAUAUAUUUAGUUCAAUGUAAUAUUUAAGAAAUGUGCUUAGACGAAUGUAUAGUUGUUAGUUUCAUUAAUGUAUAAUGAAUAUUAGAUGUAAGUUAUUUUACGUUUGUAUCAAUACUUUCGUCAAUUGCUAGUUAUUAUUAACUUAAUUAGAUAGGUAGUAAGUAAUACAAAAUAAUUUGAGCUUGUAAUGUGAAA